CAGACAUCGCGCUGACAUAAGUCAUCGCGACAUUUAAUUUUUACUUGGUAAUUUUCAUGAAAACGAUAGUAAAAUACGAGACAAUGGCGAUAAAUGGUCCGAUAAAAAUGUACGAAAAACGGCCGAUAGUGCGUCACGAUGUGCCGGUCGAACUGCCGACUUGUAUGUAUAAAUUGAAGAACGUUUACGGUUCAAGAAAUGGUGUAGUCGAGUCCGCGGAUCACGUUUCGACGUCGGACAAAAAGUUGGAUAUAUUCGACCAGGUUAAACAGUUUUUAAAGAACAACCAACAAAUACCAGGAAUGGCAGAGUUACAAGCUAGACAGGAAAAAAUCCUGCAGCAACUGGCUGAACUGAAAGAUCAGAUGAUGUCCAUUAAAUCUGACUUAAAAAUAACCGCAGUGCCGGCAAAUACAUGUUUGAGAGCACCACCUGAAAAGAUAAUCGAUUUACCAAAUAUAGUGAUACAUGCUGGUCCAAAUUUCCCACCAUACUCUUUGGCAUUGGUUCAAAGGUUAUGGCAGGACAGGAUACAUUUGUCUGUGACAACACAUUUGCACUCUACUGUACCAGUUUUACCGAAAAAUGCCAAAGAUUUAUCAGACACUUUAAAGAACUUCAAGCCAAAAUCGUCUAAUCUUCCUAAAUUGUCUGUCAGGCUCAUUUGGAACAAUGUAGGAGCUGAUUUGGAAUUGUUGGUAUCAAUCGUGCCGAUCUUGGGCGAAGUGAAUGUAUUAAGAUACUUAUCCAGGUGUUGCAGCAAUAUUUUAUCUUAUGAACAAGAUCCGGAAGUCUUUGAAAUCGACUCGCUUUUAGAUGUAUCCCAUUCUUUAAUUUCAUCAAAGAUAUCUUCAGAAAGAUCUCAACUGGUGACUCACUUUAUUAAAUCCUUGGGAAAGUCGGAUUAUUUGAUGGGCAGAAAUAAAAUCAGCGUGGCCGACUUGGCGGCAGUUUCAGCGAUCAAACAAGUGGCGACGAAGGACAUUUCAAGUGGAUUGAGCAAAUGGGUGCAAAGAUGUGAAUCAAUAGCUGUGUGAAUUGUCACUUAUUUUAUUUAAAAAAAAAACUAUAUUUUAA